AUGCGUUUCUUCGUCAUCGCAACUUCCAUGAUCGCCGCCACUUCGGCCUUCUUGUUCCCAUCCGGAGGUGGAGGAUGCGGAUGCGCUCCACCACCACCACCAGCCUGCGGAUGCGGAGGCGGAGCUGCUCCACCACCACCAGUCUACGCUGCUCCACAGCCAGCCUACGCUGCCCCAGCCCCAGUUGGAGGAGCCUACGCCGUCGGAGGAAAGUAA